AUGAAAAUCCUGCAUUUUCUCACUUUACUGCUUUGGCAUUUGACUUGGCUGUCUCUGGAUCUAGUUCCUGGAGCGCUGAGUAAUUCUGAAGCAGGCCAGGGUAAUCCAGGAUCUAAACUAGGUUUUUUGAAAGCAGAAGGAAAGGAGAGGAAUCCCUCCACACGGGCAGGUACACUGAGGACUGCAAGCCAUGGAUACAGUGCUGGGACCUCAAAGGCCAGGACUAAAAGCAGUGCUGUUCAGGCUGGAGCUCUGCUGGCCAAGAACGAUGACUCAAAGAAGGUUCCCUCAAGAACAGCAGCCACGGAGGGCAAGGUAGGACAUCUCCCCAGCAGACCUUCUGGAGUAAGGACAGUGACUCCAAAGGUUCAAAAUCUUAGCAGCAAGGUGGCUUUGAAAAAAACUGGCACAAGCAGUACUGACAGUGAUUCUUUCAAAACCAAAAAGACUAAAGAGCCUGUAACCCAGAGGGAAGCUAAGGAAACUUUCCGACAUCCCCCGAUAACGCCACAUGAAUACAUGCUCUCUUUGUACAGGACUCUCUCAGAUGCAGAAAGAAAGGGUGUUAAUGGAAGUGUAAAACUGGAGGCUGGACUUGCCAAUACAAUAACCAGCUUUAUAGACAAAGGACAAGAUGAGCGAGCACCAACUAUAAGAAAACAAAAAUAUAUUUUUGACAUCAGUGCAUUAGAAAAAGAUGGCUUGCUGGGAGCAGAGCUUCGAAUAUUGAGAAAAAAACCUUCUGAUACAUGGAAGUCUCAUUCUUCUGGAAAAGCUUCCCAAGUAAAAUUAUUUAGUUGCUCUACAAACAGACAAGCCUCAACGCUCUUGGACUCUCGGACUGUCAGUAUCACUGAUACACCCAAGUGGGAAGUGUUUGACAUCUGGAAGCUUUUCAGAAACUUUAAAAACUUGGCUAAUUUGUGUUUUGAACUGGAAACUUUUGACAGGGGGAGAGCUGUUGAUCUCAGGAGUGUGGGAUUUAAUAGAACAGGAAGACAGGUCAAUGAAAAGGCUCUGUUCUUGGUGUUUGGGAGGACAAAAAAAAGAGACUUGUUCUUCAAUGAAAUCAAAGCUAGAUCCGGCCAAGAUGACAAAACUGUUUAUGAGUACUUAUUCAACCAGAGGAGGAAGAGAAGAGCUCCUCUAGCAACACGGCAAGGGAAGAGGCCCACCAAGAACCUGAAGGCAAGGUGUAGCAGAAAAGCCCUCCAUGUGAAUUUUAAGGAUAUGGGCUGGGAUGACUGGAUAAUAGCUCCUCUGGAGUAUGAGGCGUAUCACUGCGAAGGGCUCUGUGAAUUCCCCCUCCGAUCCCACCUGGAGCCCACCAACCAUGCAGUUAUCCAGACAUUAAUGAACUCCAUGGAUCCCGAAUCCACCCCCCCAACUUGCUGUGUCCCAACCCGGCUGAGCCCCAUCAGCAUUCUUUUCAUUGACUCUGCAAAUAAUGUGGUCUACAAGCAGUAUGAGGACAUGGUGGUGGAGUCGUGUGGUUGUAGGUAGCAGAACAGUUGCUUGUGUGAAUAUAUUAUGAAAGGUAAUAUGACACAUUGGACAUAAUUUCUCAUCAAACAAAGUUAACUAGAUUUCUUACCCCUAGGGUAAGUACGUUUACAAGGAUGUAGCAAUAAGUCCACUGUUUCUGUGUUUUCCCCAUGGACAUAUUUCAGUAGCAUUUGGAUGCUGUCACACAGCUGGAUUUAAGGCCUUGUGCCGCUGGCAACACAGGACUGACUCUUAAGUGAAGUCCAUGACAGAGAAGAUGAUACCUCUACACCUUGAGAUCUCCUGCUUUUAGCCUCGAGGCAGUGGAUAGAGAUGGUAUCAGUGAGCUGUGGAUAUGACCUGUUUGUUCCUUGAACAUUGUUCUUGAGACUGAAUUUCUGCCUGAUUCCCUUGGGCUUUGUCCAUUCAUAAAUGUGAGAAAAGAGUCCCAAUGUUGAGAAGUGUUGUGUUCUGGUGUGCCCCCAUCUUGGUGUAAAUAGUUGCACUGUAAUAUGAUUUCUUUCUGAUUAGCUCUUGAAACUAUGCAUAUA